AUGACCUACUCCGACGACCCCAAUUCCCCUCUCAACUUCUUCACAUCCUCAACCAUGGCGACCUUUUUGAAGAAACCUCUGAAAUUGGCUCUUGUGCAGCUCGCAUCGGGAGCCGAUAAGACCGUGAACCUCUCCCAUGCCCGGAGCAAGGUCCUCGAAGCUGCAAAGGCUGGAGCACGAUUGAUCGUGCUCCCAGAGUGCUUCAACUCUCCUUACGGAACCGGCUUCUUCCCUAAAUACGCAGAGACCCUCAACCCCUCACCACCCACCCAAGAACAAUCGCCAUCCUUCCAUGCGCUGUCGGCCAUCGCCGCAGAGGCCAAUGCAUACCUUGUCGGUGGAAGUAUUCCCGAGUUGGAAACGUCCACGAAGAAAUACUACAACACCUCGCUGGUGUUCUCCCCAACCGGCGAGUUGAUCGGCACCCACCGCAAAACACACCUCUUCGACAUCGAUAUUCCCGGCAAGAUCCAAUUCAAGGAGAGCGAUGUGCUCACGCCGGGUGAUCAGCUGACAGUCAUUGAUCUUCCGGAGUACGGAAAGAUUGGCCUGGCCAUCUGCUACGACAUUCGAUUCCCCGAGGCGGCGAUGAUCGCCGCUCGCAAGGGUGCGUUCUUGCUGGUCUACCCGGGCGCGUUCAACACCACCACCGGUCCUCUGCAUUGGUCACUCCUUGGUCGCGCUCGCGCCGUUGACAACCAAGCCUACGUGGCCCUGUGCAGCCCGGCGCGUGACGUGGAAGCCUCGUACCAUGCCUAUGGCCACAGCUUGAUCGUUGAUCCCAGCGCAAAGGUCCUGACGGAGGCUGAAGAGCAAGAGACCAUUGUUUACUCCGAUUUGGAUAACGAUACCAUUGCAAGCAUCCGCAGUGGAAUCCCGAUCUAUACCCAGCGCCGAUUCGAUCUGUACCCUGAUGUGAGUGCGGAGAUGUCCAACGUCAAGACCGGCAACAAGCGCUCGGCUAUCGCCGACGUGGUGUCCCGCGAGUACACCAUCAACCUGCACAAGCGCUGCCACGGCGUCAGCUUCAAGAAGCGUGCUCCCAAGGCCAUCAAGGAGAUCCGUGCCUUCGCUGAGCAGGCUAUGGGCACCAAGGACGUCCGUGUCGACCCCCAGCUCAACAAGAAGGUCUGGGAAGCCGGUAUCAAGGGUGUCCCCUUCCGUCUCCGUGUCCGCAUCUCCCGCAAGCGUAACGACGAGGAGAACGCCAAGGAGCGCCUCUACUCCCACGUCCAGGCCGUCAACGUCAAGGACCCCAAGGGCCUGCACACCACCACCGUCGAUGACGCUUAA